GGAUGAAACUAAUAACAAAGUUGAAAUCGUCAUUAAAGUGUAGCUACUAAAUACUACAUAUCUUAAGCCAAAUUCUCAUGACUCAUGUUGUACUAGUGCCCUCUAAUAGUUAGCAUUAAGUCUUGGUUCUAAAGUGAUAAAUUAGGUGGCAAUGGCUUUCAACAGGCGCCUGAAUAUUGGCUCGGGCAAGUUCCACAGUACCAAUGAUGAUUGCUGUGAUAAAACUAAGAUAUUGGUUUGAGCGCCUUACAUAGCAGUGAGCGCAAACGUUUCGUACCUUAACAAAAAAGAAGGCUUAGAAACACGCAAUUUUAAUGUGGCGGUAGGUAUCUUACUAAUACGAACUGUUUGAAAAGUCCGAAACCGUGUUGAUAUUUUUCUGUGAGGUUUUAUGAAUUUAAAAGUACAAUCUGACGUACGAUGGAGGUUCUGUUGAUAGCAUUUAAAUUGUUUAUGCUCCAGCGAGAGAAAAUAAAUGGCAUUAAUGUACGUUGACAGUACAUAUCUACCAUGUAUUGAGAUAUUUUUUAUAGAUUUUUCUUAUUUUUAGUUUAAUUUAUAAUGCUUUACUAUUAUUCUGUAUACAUUGUUUUUAUGUAUACUUUGACGCAUGCUGUACGAGAUUAAACCAGGACCAAAUGUGAUUAGGAUAAAAAUUGUGUUCAGUAAUUCACUAUUAUUACGAAGGUUUCAUUACUGGCCCCUUUGUCUCAAAUAGGCCCUUUGAAAUUCAUGAAAAGGUACGUUUCAUCUUUAUCUUCAUUGACACACAAUUACACGACGCUGGUUGUGCAGCUUGACAAAAUACACUGGCAGACAUCAUCAGUGACGUGACGAAUGACUCACAGAACAGCAGAGGAAUCCUUACCGUGCCUGUUAACGUUCGUAAAUGUUUAGCAGGAUGAUAUGUAAACGUUGUCAACGUUCACUUAGAACCGGCGAAGGUCUGAAGUGUGGAAUUUGCGAGUCGUGCUUCCAUAUGCGUUGUGUGAACGAUUCCGUUAAGGACCACCGCGACGGUGGAGACCGAGGAUAUCAGUGGAAAUGUUCUCUCUGUCAGAACUACGUGAGCAAUAUGCAACAAGCAAGCGGUUCGGACUCAGGCAAGGACAAGGAGAGUGGCGGCUUGAUUCAGGCUGUUAAUGCAAUAAGCGAAAAGUUUGAACUUGUUAAUAAAAUUCAACUGCCGAAAUUGAACAGCGAUUUGGCCCAGAUAAAAAAUGUUGCAGACCGCAUCGUCCAACAGAAUGACGAUAUAUUGCGGAAAAUAGAUGAAAUUGAAGAGAAAAGGAAGCAUGAAAAACAAGCGUAUAGUUCAACAAGUAGGUACCGAAGAAGGAAUUUAAGCUUGUCCCCUAAAACAACUGCUGCUUUAGAAAGUAAGGAGGAUCCACCGCUUUCGCUAACUGAUAAAACCGUCAGAUACAGGACACGGAGGCGGUCGUAUCUCUUGCACAGAAUAUUCAAUAUAUUAAACAGAAAAAUGAACAGAACUAGUCCCAAGAAAAAGCAACAGAAGUGAAAGUUCUAAUAAAAAUAAAAACAUUUGAA